GUUUCUUCUAUACCUUAAGCAAAGAGCAUUUCUUUCUCUCUUCAGAGUUCUCUUCUUGCAAGAAAGAAACUCUCUUUCAGCUUCUUUCUCUCCCCCUUAUUCACAUUCUUAUCUGGUUUUCUGAUCAAAUGGAGUUCCAUGAAGACUGUUAUAGGCAGGCUCAGAGGCCAAAAUAUGACUGUCUUCUAUUUGAUCUAGAUGAUACCCUUUAUCCCCUAAGCACUGGUGUUGCUACUGCUUGCCGCAUUAACAUAGAAGAUUAUAUGAUUGAGAAGCUUGGCAUUGAGAGGAGCAUCAUCCCUGACUUGGGAAACCUGCUGUACAAGAAUUAUGGAACUACAAUGGCUGGACUUAGGGCAAUUGGCUAUGACUUCGACUAUGAUGAAUACCACAGUUUUGUCCAUGGGAGAUUACCUUAUGAGAACAUAAAACCAGAUUCUGUUUUGAGGAGUCUUUUGCUCAACCUGCCUUAUAGGAAGAUUAUAUUCACAAAUGCAGACAAGGUCCAUGCUGCUAAAGCACUAAGCAGGCUUGGUUUAGAAGACUGUUUUGAAGGAAUUAUCUGCUUUGAAACCCUCAACCCUGUUCACAAAAGCACUGUGUCUGAUGAUGAAGAUGACAUUGAGUUUGUGGGAUUAAGCACUGCUCAAGUUCCUGCCAUAACAACUACUAGUUGCUCUGAGAUUUUUGACAUCAUUUCCCAUUUUGCUCAAGCAAAACCCACAUCAGAAUUACCCAAAACCCCAAUUGUGUGCAAGCCUUCAGAAGCUGCCAUAGAAAAAGCCCUUAAGAUAGCCAACAUUAACCCUCAGAGAACACUGUUCUUUGAGGAUAGUGUCAGAAACAUACAAGCUGGCAAGAGAGUGGGUCUUGACACUGUGCUGGUUGGCACAUCCCAGAGAGUUAAAGGUGCUGACUUUGCAUUAGAAAGCAUCCACAAUCUGAGGGAGGCAAUACCAGAGCUUUGGGAAGCAGAUAGGAAAUCAGAAAUUGGUUACCCUGGAAAAGUUGCAGUGGAAACUUCAGUCACAGCUUAGAGUAUUAAUUUGUGCCAACAUGCACUGGCUUGAU